UGAUAACCGUUUAGACCAUCAUGUUGGAAAAUAAAAUGUAGGCAUAGCCUGUAUAAUUGAACAGUUAACUGAAUGCAAAAUCCAAAUAAUGUAUACAUUUUGAGACUUGUGGUGUCUGUGGGUGCGUAGGGGGACUUGGACGCAUGACUUCUGUAUUGCUAAAAUCCUGGCCUCAGCUCUGAUCACAAGAACUGACUGUAGUGCCUUUACUACAAAAAGCAACACGAUAAUGGAGCGCGUGCGCCCGUGCGUGGGUGUCCAAUCAAAGGCUCGUGCCGCUGUCCCCCGCUCAGGUGCUGAAGGCAGACUGCUGUCACUCCGCAUAGCAAACAAAAACACACGGGACAAAACUGAACAGAGCUCUCUUAAAAACUUCUCUUUUUGUUCUUUUCUUCAGUUUUAUGUUUAAAUAAGAAAUGUUUGGUGCUCCAAACCAACUCCACUUUGUACCAACGAACGUCUAAGUUAAGCAGGACUACAGACUUAUUUAGAGUCAGUCUGUGAUGGACGUGCGCUUUGGACAGGUGCCGCUCACCGUUACGCACAGGCACGGCGGGGUGAACCAGCUCGGUGGCGUCUUCAUUAACGGGCGCCCGUUACCGCACGUGGUGAGACAGCGCAUCGUGGAGCUCGCUCAACGGGGCGUGCGUCCCUGUGAGAUCUCCCGCCGCCUGCGCGUCAGUCACGGCUGUGUCAGCAAAAUACUGAGCAGGUACAAUGAGACAGGAAGCAUCAGACCAGGAGUGAUUGGAGGCUCUAAGCCCAAAGUGGCCACUCCCAGAGUUGUGCAAACGAUCCUGCAUCUGAAACACACCAACCCCACCAUGUUCGCCUGGGAGAUCCGAGACAGGCUGCUGCUGGAGCGGGCGUGUGACCACGACAGCGUGCCCAGCAUCAGCUCCAUCAACAGGAUCAUCAGGAACAAAGUCCAGUCUGAGUCUUGUGAAGUUGUGUCAUCAGCAUCACCUGUUGCCAUGGGAACAGCCUAUUCCUCCGAGUCCACCUAUUCCAUCAGCGGAAUUCUGGGAAUCAGGAAAUGCAGCAGCAAACAUAAGGAAGGAGGGGACGUCUCCUGCAGCGUCUACCACGACCAGCCAUGUUCCUGUAAUGACGCCUGGGGAUGGUCUAACCCCUGCUUGACCUCUAUCUCCAGCCUGACCUUUCACCCCAGCCUGCCAGGGCCCCCGUGUCAUUACAGAUGAACAGGGCUGCAAAAGACCUCAGAAGAAAGAAUAUCAACCCCUUAGUGCCAAAAACAAGAUGAUGUCAACACUGGAUUGACUGCAAUUAUUACAUCAUGUCUAACCUGACUGAUGUUCAAAUAAAAGUGAAAUGACAUACCUCA